UUCCGGCCGCGAUCGGCUGCAGCUCGGCCGGGAGACGGCGCGACCCGGCGGCGGGACCACCCGCGAGUGCAGCGCCGCCGCAGCCCCCCGAUGCGGCCGCGAGGAGCGGCGGGGGGGCGGGCGAUCGAAGCCUCUAGAAGCAUCCUGUCAUGAUGAUGGAGGCCCCUUCAUCCUUUCUGUGACGGGAGCUGGAGCGAUGCUGACCUCGGUUUCCUGGACCCAUUCGGACUCAGGAGCCUUCACGUAAAUGGGUCCAGUCAUGCCUGCCAGUAAGAAGCCAGAAAGCUCAGGAAUUAGUGUGUCCAGUGGACUGAGUCAGUGUUACCGGGGCAGUGGUUUCUCCAAGGCCCUUCAGGAAGACGAUGACCUCGACUUUUCUCUGCCUGACAUCAGACUAGAAGAGGGCACCAUGGAAGAUGAAGAGCUGACCAACCUGAACUGGCUGCAUGAGAGCAAGAACUUGCUGAAGAGCUUUGGGGAGUCGGUCCUCAGGAGUGUCAGCCCUGUCCAGGACCUGGACGACGACACCCCUCCAUCCCCAGCCCACUCUGACAUGCCCUAUGAUGCCAGGCAGAACCCCAACUGCAAGCCCCCCUACUCCUUUAGCUGCCUCAUAUUUAUGGCCAUCGAGGACUCUCCAACCAAGCGCCUGCCAGUGAAGGAUAUCUACAACUGGAUCUUGGAACAUUUUCCAUAUUUUGCGAAUGCACCUACUGGGUGGAAAAACUCAGUGAGACAUAAUUUGUCAUUGAAUAAGUGUUUUAAGAAAGUGGACAAAGAGAGGAGUCAGAGUAUUGGGAAAGGGUCGUUAUGGUGCAUAGACCCAGAGUAUAGACAAAAUCUAAUUCAGGCUUUGAAAAAGACACCUUACCACCCACCUCCCACCUCUCCUCAGGCAUAUCAAAGCCCAUCAGGUCCACCCAUCUGGCCAGGCAGUACCUUCUUCAAGAGAAACGGAGCCCUUCUGCAAGAUCCUGACAUUGAUGCUGCCAGUGCCAUGAUGCUUUUGAAUACUCCCCCUGAGAUACAAGCAGGUUUUUCUCCAGGAGUGAUACAAAAUGGAACGCGGGUUCUGAGCCGAGGGCUGUUUCCUGGCGUCCGGCCAUUGCCAAUCACUCCCAUUGGAAUGACGGCAGCCAUGAGCAGGAACGGCAUCACCAGUUGCCGGAUGCGGACUGAGAGUGAGCCAUCCUGCGGCUCCCCCGUGGUCAGCGGAGACCCCAAGGAGGAUCACAACUAUAGCAGUGCCAAGUCCUCCAACGCCCGGAGCACCUCGCCCACCAGCGACUCCGUCUCCUCCUCCUCCUCCUCGGCCGACGACCACUACGAGUUUGCCACCAAGGGGAGCCAGGAGGGCAGCGAGGGCAGCUUCCAGAGCCACGAGAGCCACAGCGAAACGGAGGAGGACGACAGGAAGCCCAGCCAGAAGGAGGCCAAGGAUGCCCUGGGGGACAGCGGGUACGCAUCCCAGCACAAGAAGCGCCAGCACUUCGCCAAGGCCAGGAAGGUCCCCAGCGACACGCUGCCCCUCAAAAAGAGACGCACGGAAAAGCCCCCUGAGAGCGACGACGAGGAGAUGAAAGAGGCAGCCGGGUCGCUCCUGCACUUGGCAGGGAUUCGGUCCUGUUUGAAUAACAUCACCAAUCGGACGGCAAAGGGGCAGAAGGAGCAGAAGGAAACCACAAAAAACUGAAAACAAGUCAUUGAUUUGUUUUGAACUUAUGGCCAUUUGGUUUCAGCAUGUCAGGAGAUUUCUAAUGAUUUGUGGCAAUAUCAGCAACUUUUUUUUCUUUUGGUUUGAUUUUCUUUCUUUUCUUUUUUUUCUUUCUUUUUUUUUUAAUUUGCCCCCCUCUCCUUUGUUUUGGACCCUUAAGAAUUUUAUUUUUAAAGGAGAUUGAAGCCAUAGAACUCAUAUUGACACUCAGCUGUUUUACAAAAGCUUUUCAUUAUCCGACGACAAAACCGAGAAAAAGCCAAAAUUACCAUUGCUUCCUGCAGCUUGUCAGAAACAUGUGGCUUGAACCCACAGGGAUGUCAACGUUAAGGCCACAUUUGGAGUACACAUUUGGCACCUAGAAGGCACGUGUGCAAAGUAAUGGUCAUUCAGGCCCAACCCUUAGGUUUAAAAAGAAUGUCCUUCCAUUUGGGUUCACUGAAUGGAGAGACACAUACAGUAAUGGGAGAAAAGGAAGAACCCCGCGUCCCCUUAGACACAGACCCAGGCCUGUGCACCCAGCUUCCCACUGGGCAAGGAAUGCCCUGGGCAUUGCCAUACAGCAAGCACGGGCUCUGCCACCAGUCCUCUGCGCUCCGAUCCUUGAGGCCUGGUGAUGUCUUACAAGCUGAGCACCGAACUAUUGAGACACGUCAGGUGUCAGUGACCAAGAAGUGGGGUAAACUGUAGUCACAUUGGUGAUUACUCUGUUCUGUAGCUAAGAAUAUGUUCCAAAAGCCAUAAGCCUGAAGGUUGGUCCUGCACGUGCAUACACACACACACACACACACACACACACACACCCCCCACACAUAUGAAUGGGACUAAGAGAAAGCUCAUGAAAAAAAAAAAAUACAGGCCAUAUCUUCUAAACUGCCCAAGUGAAAAGCAAUCAAGUCUGAAAAUUGACAUUAGCUGUUAAGGAAGGAAAUAAUGGUACAGAUUCUUUUUCUGUCUAUCAAAACCAUUUGAUCCAAGUGAAAUUAAAAAAAAAAAAAAGCUACCAAACCUGCCAGUAGUAGUGUGGUAUAUAAAGGCACAUUGAUGGACACACUUCAAAAGUAAAACAUGGCAAAAAAUAAUAAUAAUAAGUAACUCCUAUACUGCCCUCAAAAAGGAGCCUGCAAUUAAUGUCAGUCAAUAUUCAUCUUUGCAAAAAAAUCUGAUUUCCACAUUCAGCCAGUGUAGCCAGCAGAAAUUUCUGAUCCACAAUGCAUGGAUUCCUUUAAAGAAAAAAAGAAAAAAAAAAAAAAAAGAAAAAAAAUCAUAAAAAACAAACUUUUUUUUAUUCAAAAAUAACAAAAGUUCUUGUAAGGUAAAUAAUGUAUUUAGCAUGAAGCAUGAAUUAUUUUCAUAUAAAUAUAGAAAAUAGAGAAAAGGCUAUGCCUCUAAUUUUUAAGCCCUUAGGCUUAGAGGUUCUUUGUUUUCCUCCUUUUUUUCCUUUAUUUCUCUUCCUUUUUUCUUUUUCUUUUUUUUUUUUUUUUUUCUUUUUUUCUGGGUUUUUGUUUUGUUUUGUUUUGGUUUUUUGAAGCAGGUGUUUAAGGUUUAAUCUUCUUCAGGGACAAAUUCUGACUGUUGGGGAACUUACUCUGCAAUAUAAAAAUCUCUUCAUGCUCUGGUAGGGCUUGGAUGGUUGACUCUGCACUGCCUUGUCUGCACUCAGCCCGACCCCUCUGAUUCUCUACUGGAGAGCGUGUGCUUUCUCUUUGCCUGUACAUGUUUAACAUGACGCAAUAAUUCGAGGGCAAACUUCGUAGUGAGUGUGUAUGAUAGAAUCAAGAGAAUUAUGGGAUGCUUACUUGAGAAAACCAUGACCUUGAGUUGGUUCUAGGAAAAAGGCAGUGAAUAUAUGCAAAUUCACCAGAAGGGGAAACAUGCUAAUGGGCCUUAUUGGGUGAGGGUACGAGAUAGAGUACACGUGAGGGAGGAAGUGACAGGAGGAUGAGAAAGGCCAGCCCCAGGUGUUUCAUUGGGACAAUGCCAUUUCAAAGUAAGAGAGAGGGGGCCGGCCAUCUCUACCACCUCAGCACACUAACAACCUGGAAUUGGACCACCUAGAUUGUGAGAGCUGAAUUUUGACAACCAGACGAUGUCACGCAGACCAGAAACUUAUCUUUGCCUAAAAAAAAAAUAUAUAUAUAUAUAUAUAUAUAUAUAUAUAUAUAUAUAUAUAUAUUAUUUAUUUUUGUUUUUGUUUUUGAGAUCCAAAGAAAAAGAAGAAUAUCAUCUUCCAUCCAAAUGGAGGGAAGUGUUUAAAACAAAAGCACCUACUAUCAUGGCUCAGGAUCUGGUGGUCGGGGACAGGGAGGGGACUAAGGGGAUCUUGAAUUUUUACACCAGGACACUUGUGAGCCAAAGUCAAGCCCAUGGGCCAUCACAGGCUACCGUCAGGAACUCCAUCAGCCAGAAUGCUCCCAUCCCUGCCUUUCUCUGGGCUGCUGAUGAGAGAACCUGGAAGACAUGUCCAUGUCGUGGCCCAGGCUCCUUCCCCUGCACUAAGCCUGAGUGCGUGCCCGUGAUGUUCAGGAUUAGGUGGGGAUGCAGAUCUAUCUUUGCAGUGCUCCGUCCCCUUCGUUCUCCCCAAACAUCAAACACCCUAAAAGCCAUGCACAGCUAUGGAACCUGAGCCACACUUCAAUUUGUGUUGUCACCUGAUUAAGCCCAAAAGGCCACCACCUCGAUCCCCCAAACCCAAGACGAUUCAAUUCAGACUUCUCUCUGGAAAGGCAGAGGUAAACAUCAGCACUGUUUCUGGCAGGGGACUUCUUCCAAGGAAAACCCCACAGUGGGCUGUCUCCCCUCAUUUCAUUUUUCUAAGGGGGCAGAUGCCUCUCUUAGAAAAUAAUAAAAUGCAAUGUGUGUGAUUUACUUUUCUGAUCUCUUUUGAGAAAUAGAUAAAUAUAAGUGUGUUCUUAACUCCAGAACCACUCUUUUUGCAUAAAUACCUCAUCGGGCAGCUAAGUGUUAUUUUCCUGAGUCUCUCUCGGCACCUUCAUUGGAUCUUCUGGAAGACUUGUUGGGGAAACUUUAGUGAGGGUACUUUUUUCUAUUUUUCUUCUGUUUUUGGAGGCAUACACAUUAUGCAUAACCAAAACAAUGGCUCAAUUGUGUUUAACUUUGUAUUUUGACUGUUGAGGAAAAAAAAAAUAUCAAUGUGUAUGUGGCUGUUUGUAGUGAAUUCACGAGGUUGUCCGUGUCCUUAACAAGCCAAGGGGCAGGAGGCACGCUCUCUUACCCCCUCCUCCAAGAGCAGUAGAGAAUUUAAGCACAAGCCUAUUUGUGAAAGAAUAUUUUGCUUAAAUGUUAUUCACUUUAGUCUUGGAAUUCCUUCCCAAAUGUCAGAUGUUCUUUUAGCUUCCAAACUAGCAUAUGUAUCCAUUAGUCUGACCCAUGGCCUGAGCACCAUCCUGGGGUGUGGUGGUGCGCUUUCCUCUGUGGCGGUUUGUGUGUCAUUCCAGUAUCUCACAUACUCAUGGGGUGGGGGGAGGGGGAGAUGGGGAACUAUAGCAAUAUUUCAAGAUGCUUUGGAGAACAACCUUGAACCCAUCAGCACCGUGACAUCUGCAAGUGCUUGCUAUUGGCCCUCGGACACAUUUAAGAGAAAGAGAUCGUAGCUCUUCUUUCUUAAAUGAUAUGCACAUAGACAGUUAUUUUUAUCCUACUGUAAUUGUCUUUUCUCUAUCUAGUACUAUGUGGAAAGGGUUUGCAUCAUAGGUUUUUUUCCCAGCCUUACAAUAUACCACAAGCUCCUACUUCCCCCACCCCAGUCAGUAUAGUUCUUUGGCAAGGCCGUCUAUCUGAAACUCAAAAUGAACCAAACCCGCCCUUAGAUGGUGGUUUGAGAAAACCAUAGCCAAGACAACUGUCACGGGUUUCAGUCUCGGAUCUCAGUGUUUGAGAAGGACUGUCAGAGGCCUUUCCCAGGAAUGGAUUUUUCUCCCAAGAGGCAGUCCGCAUGUCUAGUGCUUGCUGGACACAGUGGUCACGACCACGAGGCAUUCUGGAAGAGACCAUUAUGUUGAAUGGUGCCCCUCCCUGGGGGACAGCGUCAGGCAGUGGACUCGAGUGAAAAACGUGUGCAGAUGGCUGUUGGGCCCAGCUCAGAGUCCAGCACGCCAGGUCUGCCCAGCGACAAGUGCAGGUGGUCAGCCUCAAUGCCUCCACUCUCCAGGGGCCUCUGGCGCAAGGGCUCUGACAGGAACCGGAGAUCUGUGCAAGCGAUGGACAUGGGAGGGUUUUCCACAUGGGAUCGGGUUCAGUUUGAUGUGAUUUCUCUUUCCCUUUCAACUGUAUUCAGGUUGGGACUGGUUUCUUUCUGGUGGAUCACAGCUGCCCAGAUGUUGCAAUUUAUUUUUAUGUUUCUAUAGAGAAGUCUUUUUCUUUUCAUCUUCAGAAUUUUUUAAAUUUUUUUGCCACCAAAAGAAAACAUCAGAACUCUGUGUCCCCUCUCGAUUGUGACUUACCAGUGUUGACAGUUAAGUCUUUAGUGUUGUAGCUCCCGGCCCACCAAUACUAUAUCAGACACUUAUGCCCAUGGUGCAGCACUGUGAUCUAAUUUAAAUAAUACUUUUUUAUUAUUUAUACUACUAUAUAUAAUAUACAUCAACACUUUUGCUAUAUAACCUAAGUGAUAAACCCCUUUUAGUUACCUGCCAAACUCUGGACUUUGGUUUAUAUUGCAGUUAACACAGUUACAAAGUUGUAAUGGUGUCUCUCUCUCUCUCUUUCUCUCUCUCUCUCUUCCUCUGUAACGGAAUGUGUAAAUCAAAAGUGUGUACAUUGUGUGGUGUUCCUGUUUCCUGGAAUCUCAUGAGGAUUUACACACAGCGUUCAGUGUUCUGUAUAGACCUGCCUCCCUUUGUGAACUCCUCUGUGACCUCUGGUCUUGGCGGCUAACUCCAUGUAUCUUCUCUCCUGCUGGUUACUCUUGAAUUAAGCACAGACUCCUCCUCAGCUCGGUUGCUUUAUCAUGAAUAAUGUAUGUGACCUUGGCAUUCUUCCACAGUUCAGCAAACAAGUGCUAGCUUCACUGACCAAAAAAAAUUAAGGAAGGAAAACACCAUUUUUAAAAUGAUCCAUCUUUUAACGGCCGAAAAACCGAUGUGUCUAUGGUGCUGCAUCUCUGUUGCGCUUCUGAAAUCAGACCGGUGUGAAAGAUCCUUUCUGACUUCCUCUGAGAUGCUCACAAGUACCCUUCCUGUUGUUUUCUUAGUGUUGAAGUUUAAGACUAUUUAUUUGGAAUAUAUACAACAGUGUUUUUCCACUGUAUUUCAUUUGCAAAAGCGGAGAAUCGCCUUCUCUACCUUUUUGCAAAUUGUUGAUAUUCCAUAUUGGAUUCUCACAGACUUCGAUAUGGUGAAUCUGUCAAACUUAGAAAUUGUAUUUUAUCCUUCCUUUCAUGACUGUGGCCUGAGUUCCCCAUGCCCCCUUUUUUUAGAAGAAACGUAGCACACUUUCAGUUCUUAGAAACGUCACUGUUUCUUGAUGUGUAUGUUGAGGCCAUCCAAGCUUACAGCUGAUUCAAUAACCAGUUCCAUCAAGUCAUUCACGCUCACUACUUAACACUGCCAUGGUGAAAAUGUGGAGGGAAAAAAUGUCCAUGUGUGUCUGGGAAGCAUAUGCCCUUGUACAUUUUUUUUAAUACUCUGAUUCUGUAACAUUUAUGAGUUUUGUUUUUGUUUUACAGAAAAAAAAAGUGAUAAAGCAAUCAGAAGACCAAGAGGUUUACGAUUGACACUUAGGGUCACCUGACCUUAGCUGGCCAACGGACCUACAUGGCCAAAUUAAUUUACAAAAGUAAUAAUUUUUCAGAAGCCAACUUUUUUUUUUCUGUAUUUUCUGUCUGAAAACUGCCAAUAUCAUGAAUAGAAAGGGAGAACUGUAAAGGAGAAAGAAAUCGAUGUUCAGUUGUGUUUGUGUCAACCUAAAGAAGCAGUGUGGAGACAGGCACAGUCAGCCGAACUCUAGGGACGUGGUGGUGUUGCUUUGGAGGCGUAUCAUACUCGCAUUUUGCAUUCUUCAUAUGUAAUCAUAUUGCCAAAGACAAACUAUUUCAUCAUUUAUUGUAAAUAACACUUUUCCCCAGACCUACCAUAAAGUUUCUGUGAUGUAUUGUCUUCCAGUUGCAAUAAAAAUUACUGAGUUGCAUCAA